AUGCAAACUGUGGAAGCUGUAGACAAGAAGAACCAGUGGAUCACUUACGAUUUAUCCGAGGAGAAUCUUAUGAAAAUGUACAUCACCUUGAAAAUCACCCUCCAAGUUACUUCAAAUGAUGAAAAGAGUUUCUUGAAGUGGACGUGCUUAUAUGAGACGAGGGAUACUGAUGUUCCUGCUCCUGAUGCAUUGAAAGGCUUUGCUAGUGAAAUUACCAGCUUAAUUGAUGCACAUUAUGGCAAACUAAUUCCUGUAAAGGAGACUAUUGAAACUGUUGAUGAAGAUAACAGGUCAACGACUUACAGAAUUCUUGAGGGUGAUCUUCUGAAGGAUUAUAAGAGCUUGCUAAUAACUUUCCAAGCAACUUCAAAAGGUGAGAAGAAUUUUCUUAAUUGGACAUACGAGUAUGAGAAGCAGAAUUUAGAUGUCCCUGCUCCUGAUCACAUGUUUGACUUUGCAAGUGAAGUUAGUAACAUAAUUGAUGCUUACUUCCUCAAGAACCAAGAUCAUUUCCAAGCUUGA